UAGCCAGACCGAUGAACAAACACAGACCGAAAGUGAUCUUCCGUCGAGGAGCGUGCGUCCGAUGAAACUGUCUAUAAGACUUCCGGCUACUCCCUAUGACAAGCCAAAAGCCUCUGGGUGGCUUUUAUACAAAGUACAUGUUUUCUAUUUAAAAGUCACUUCUGAAAAUAAAGGUCAGCUAAGCGGUUUAAGAACAUGAUGUGGACAGUUUUAGUCAAUUCUAUAAAUGUAUAAUAUUCCACAACAUUACAAAUCCUUUCACUUCGAAAGUGUUGACGCGGUUUAUCACCAUUAUCAUAUUGUUAUAGCAAUCCGAGGAUAUACCCAUGAUGGAGGAGAGUCAGACAUUUAUUUACCAAAGACUACUGCCAGCCCUGCUAAAGCCUUGCCAAAAAUAAUCUUUUAAUAAAAGGCUUGGGUGAUCAAACAGACCAGCAUGAACAUUAAAAGUAAGUAACUUUAAUUUGAUUACAUUACAUUACUUACUAAAAAUAUAUAUUUUUUUAUCCAGUGACAUUCUGACUAGUGUAUAUCUACUGUACAAGUCACCAAGUGUAUGUUUAACAAUGUCAGAUCUUACAGGCCUGCUGACCAUUCUUAGUUUAUGUGGAAUAUCUACAAGCUGCCCGUCUGUAUGUACCUGCAAUGGAAACCAAACCGACUGCAGUGAUCUUAACCAACUCAUCUCCCUGGACUCCAUCCUGGACCAGCUUCCAUCACACGCGACCUCCCUCACCCUCUCAAACAACAACUUCACAACGGUGGAACCUGGAAGCUUUUCCAAUCUCAGCGGCCUGCUUCAUUUAGACCUCUCUAGAAACCUUCUUUCCACCUUUCAUCCUUCUAGCUUCUCCCAACUGAACAGUCUGGAAUUUUUAGAUGUUUCUGAAAACCGUCUAGUGAUGCUGCCUGUAAGCCUAUUUUCUGAUCUCAGGAGGCUUGCAGAACUGGUUCUGAAAGAUAACAGACUUAAGGAACUGAAUCCGGAUCAGUUCAAAGGUCUGACCGAGCUUAAGCGUUUGGAUCUUUCUCUAAACCACCUCAGUUCCUUGCACACAAAUCUACUAGAUGGACUUCAGAAGCUAGCGUGGCUUUCAGUUGUUGGCAACCAGCUCACAACGUUACACCGGGACUCACUUAAACAAGCGAUGGGUCUUCAACACCUUCUGAUGGAGGGGAACCCCUGGAACUGUAACUGCGAAUUAAUCCCACUCAAACAUCGUAUAGAGUGGAUCUUAUAUAAAGGAGGACACAUAGAUUCCGUCCACUGCUCCUACCCGACAAAUCUGCGUGGGAAGGAUCUUUGCAACAUCCCCACCGAGAUGUUCGGACACUGUCACUAUCUACAUUUCAUGACCAGGAAUCCACCCGCCGCCGAUAGCCACCCGGGGUCGAGCGGAGACUGUAUACACCAGCGGUACCGCCCGGUGAGUGUGCGCCGAGCGGCUGCUACAGUGGUGGUAGCUGGGGUGGUCUGCGGCGUGGUGUGCAUUUUAAUGGUGGUAACGGCAACCUACGGGUGCAUCUACGCAAUGAUGGCUGCUAACGAACAGCAGCAGCUAAAUCAGGGGGACAAUCACCAGCAGCCGCUGAUGUCGGCCAAGGAACCAGAGCAAGAUCUUAUGAACGAACAGAAGGAGGAUCUGAUGCCAAGUAUCAGGAGGGGCACAGAAUGGAUGGCGUUUCCUCCAGAAGUGUGUGUUUGAGUCUGUGUUCAAUGUUUAUUUAGAGAAUAUAUGCAAUUCGUUCUAUACUUAAUCAUAGAUAUUUAUAUUUAUAUAAGAUAAACAAGUUUUCACCCAUAUUGUAUAAAAAAUGAACAGCACCUUUUCAUGUGAUUUAACUGAGGUAAAUUACAAAUAUUAACCGUAUACAGCCGCAGAAACUCCUAAAUUAUUUCCAGUAUAUCUGAAUUUACUAUUUCUAGGUAUGUGUUUAAAGUCCAGCUGAAAUUAAAAAUUACAAUUCCUUUUUUUUCAUGGAAUAUUACAGCGUUUAUUAUACUGUAAAUAGCUUUUCAGUGUGGGUCAUUCUUUUUUUAAAUUCAUGUGCCCUCAUAAUCUUCAAUUAAAAUUAAAAUGCCCUUCCGCCCUCUAGUGGCUAUCCACCUCAGAUUCGGUGGAGCAUUUGGUAACUCCUCCCCUUCAAAGUGUAUAAAGACCUUACAUAAUGAAGCGUUAUGUUUUUAUUACAUAGAAUGAGUUAUUACUAUCUACAUGCACCAUGGGUUCCCUUGCAUGGAAUUCACCAUGUUGUUUCUACAGUAGCCCUAAACGGACAAUCGCGUUUCGUAAAUACGUAUCUACUUCGGCAAAGAAGCGAAAACGUGACGACAUCUUAGUCUUGUGUCAGCCGCCGUAGUGCUUCAAAAGUGAGGGGUGGAGUGAGCCGUUGGUUGCAAUUCACAACCUCUCCGCUGGAUGCCGCUAAAAUCUCCACAUUACUCCUUUAAUCUCAGACUCUGUGCCUCACCUUGUCAAAUGUUUUGCUAAUUUUAAAAUAAAGAAAAUGACUUUUGCUAUUUUUAACCAAGUUUGCACAAAAUAAUGUUCAAUCUACACUCAGACUUGAGCAUACAAACGGUGAAAGGUC